AUGGAACAGUAUAAUCGAUACGACCGCGGUGAUCUUUUAAAAGAUCGAUAUCUCAAGGUUGCUGAUAUUAGCGAAGGUUCCUAUGGCUUGGUUUCGCUAGCAAAAGAUACCACUCUCGACGAUAAGUUAGUGGCUGUCAAGUUCAUUUUCCCCAUAGACUAUAAGCGGACGAAGGAGUUAAAGGAACUCUCCAAAACAGGAAGAGCAACUUCUUCGCCAGCUAAGCUUAGAUCAAACGCCGCUGCGGUCGAGAGCCAGCCAUCUCACAAUUCAACAUUGAAAGCACUUUAUGAAGAAACUAAUAAGGAAAUCCGCAUUCACCAAAUUCUUGGUGUUCACGACAACAUAACGAACUUAAUUGACUAUUUCGAGUCCUAUCUCGUGCUUGAGUACUGUCCCAGAGGUGAUUUGUAUGAGGCUGUCCAGAAUGGCCUUGGCCCCAGCACCUCUCAAGAUAUAAAGGAUGUAUUCAGCCAGGUACUCGAUGCUUUGGCUUUCUGUCAUUCCAACUCUGUCUACCACAGAGAUUUGAAGCCAGAGAAUAUUUUAAUUGACCGUGACUGGUCGAUCAAGAUUUGUGAUUGGGGACUUGCGACGACUCAGCGUGUUAUUACAAACAAAGCAGAGUUUGAUAUUGGGUCGGAGCGUUAUAUGGCUCCAGAGCUCUUUGACACUGAACAAGAAUCUUACGAUGCCGCCAAAGUUGACUUGUGGUCCGUUGGCGUGAUUCUUCUUACUCUUGUCUUUCAUAAGAACCCAUUCCAGGUCGCCAAUUACACCGAUAAGCGCUUUCUUCAAUUUUCGGCGAAUAGAGAAGCGCUUUUCGAUUUCUUUAGCAGCAUGACUGGGGAAAUGUUCAGUACAUUGAGAUUCUGCUUGAACAUUGACCCAACGAACAGAGACCUAGACAGCUUGAGACAUGAACUUGAAAAUCUCAAGUAUUUUACCAUUGAUGAGGAGUACUGGGCUGAGCAUUCUGAUGAAGAGGAUAAUGGCUAUGAAGAGGAUUACUAUGAGGAGAGUGCACCUCCGACGCAACAAGCAACAGAACCCGAGGAACUCCUUGAGUCAGAAUCAGACGACGAAAUGUUCAAGUUUGAUACAGAAGCGAAAGAGAUGCCUCCGCCAGAAGCUCUUGUUGCCUCUCCGAAGGUGGACAACGGUCCUCACAUAGUCAUUGACGAUGACAUUAAGUUACUUGAGUCUGCUUCUGAGACUAGUACAGCGUUCGAAACUGAGUCACUCCAGAGAGAUGAUAGCAUGCCUUACAAUCGCCGUGCAGAUGCUCUUUUGUCUCCAGCAGUGGGUGCUCGUCCUAUACCUAUCACCGCUGGUCAACGACUUAUCAGGAACACUAGAAAGCCUUUCGGAGUUGCAUCAUAUAACAAGGGGGCUUUCAGUACAAGAAAUGGAUUCAGCCAUCAUGGUAACAGUGGAAGCGUCACCACUGGAAGUUUUGGAGCCAGAUUCCGUCGUGAGGAUUUCUUCACGCCAAGAAGUGUAUUCAAUCACUAUAUGGAUAAGUACGGAGAACAACGUGAAUCUGAGAGAUCAGAGAAGGAUAAGAAAAGACGGUGGAAGCGUGGACGCAGAAAGCAGUCAUGGAAGCGAGCUAACGGUCACGAUAGCCAUCGUAACGGGCAUCAGAAUCGCCUUGGAUCCAAACGGCAGACUCAUAUGUCAAACCAUUCCCACAAUGACACCGGUCGCCGGAAGCAUGCUCCAGUGAAGAGACGUAUUAGACCAGAGACGGCGCAGUCACCCCUGUUACAACCGCAAGGUACUGUGCGUACCAACGGCAAGUAUGUUCCUCCUAACUUAAGAUCGCCCCAUUCGAAGGCUGCAGAAAACUUAGCUGAAGAUGUCGACAGCUUGCACUUGAAUGAUGAUCCUGUGUUCCUGCUUGAAGGUGACUUCAAUACCACCUCGAACGGCCAUUUAUCCACUCACGAAGUUAAGAAUAGCGAGCUGGCUAAUGGAUCAAAGAAACCAUUGUUCGCUUCCUCUUUUGCACAGGUGCCAGAAACAAACACUGGGAUUCGUUCGAAGACACAAAUGAACGGCAGUGACAAGGGAAAGUAUAUCCCUCCAUUCCGGAGAGGUUCUCACACCGGUGCGAUUCAUCUAGGAAACGUGAAGCCAGUCAAUGGAUUUAACAAUGGUUCUCACCAUGCAUCAGCACAGGGACUGACCUAUUUGCAUGAUCGUGCUGACGAUGGCACGAUCAAAAGACGCUCAUUUCAACCUGGCGUCAGCUCCUUGUACGCCAAUUUUAAGGAUUUGCAUGAAACCUCUAAAAGCGUACCUGGGAGAAACUGGUUCCAUGAAAGCAUGAAAUGGUCUGACUAUGACUAG